UAAAAAUGCUGUCCUGGCCACAUUUGGUUCUCAGCCUUUUGCUGCUAGUCUUGAUGAUAGCACCAUCCUUGGAAGGUGGUCGCUCAUCGUGCGAGCUAAAUGGAUCUUGUUCAUUUGAUGAGACACAAGAGGGACAUGAGGCAACCGAUAGCAAUAUUUGGGCGGUUCUUGUUGCUGGUUCAAAAGGAUACUAUAAUUAUAGGCACCAGGCCGAUGUUUGUCACGCAUAUCAAAUACUAAAAAGAGGAGGACUAAAAGACGAGAACAUUGUAGUUUUCAUGUACGAUGAUAUUGCAUAUGAUGAAAGUAACCCAAAGCCCGGGGUAAUAAUCAACCACCCUGAAGGUCAUGACGUCUAUGCUGGGGUGCCCAAGGAUUACACCGGUGACAGUGUGACAGCAACCAAUCUUUAUGCCGUGCUUCUUGGCGAUAAAGAAUCAGUGAAAGGCAGAGGAAGCGGGAAAGUUGUUGAUAGUAAACCAAAUGAUAGAAUCUUCAUAUAUUACAGUGACCAUGGUGGCCCCGGAACACUUGGAAUGCCAAACAUGCCAAAUAUUUAUGCAAAGGACUUCAUUGAGGUGUUGGAAAAGAAGCAUGCUUCCGGAACUUACAAAGAAAUGGUUAUAUAUGUCGAAUCGUGUGAGAGUGGAAGCAUAUUCGAAGGCCUGUUGAAUGAAAAUAUGAACAUUUAUGUAACAACAGCUUCAAACGCAGAGGAAAGUAGUUGGGGAACUUAUUGUCCUGGUAUGAAGCCGCCUCCUCCACCUGAGUAUGACACUUGCUUAGGCGAUUUGUAUAGUGUCUCCUGGAUGGAAGACAGUGACAAACAAGAAACUAAAGAAGAAUCAUUGGAACAGCAAUACAAAAAGGUAAAGGUGAGGACUUACAAUGAUAACAGCUCUGAAGGAUCUCAUGUGAUGGAGUAUGGUGCCAAGGAAAUUAGUGUCCAGAGCAUCUCUCUCUAUCAAGGUUUAAGGGGCGGGUCAUCUAAUACUAGUAAUAUAUUUACCAACCAAGACCAGCUGCACCCGCCUACUAUCCCUAUGGGAGUAGUAAAUCAGAGAGAUGCAGAUCUUGUAUAUUUCCAAAGGAAGUACGAGAAAAUGACUGAAGGGUCGCAAGAAAAAGAAGACAUGCAGAAGUUAAUUAAUGACAUUAAGAAUCAUCGAUCACAUCUGGAUACUAGUAUUGAUGCCAUUGGGUCACAUCUAUUUGGCUCAGUCAAUGGUCAUGUGAUCUUGACCUCUCUCCCAACCCAAGGAAAGCCGAUUGUAGAUGAUUGGGGUUGCCUUAAAUCGAUGGUCCGCAUCUAUGAGACACAUUGUGGUGCAUUGACAGAAUACGGGAUGAAACAUAUGCGGGCAUUCGCCAACAUUUGUAACAAGAAGGUCAGUGAAGAAGCAAUGAAGGUUGCUGCUGUUGAUACUUGCAGUAAGCACAAUGUUGGACAGUGGAGUCCUUCAAAGAGAGGAUAUAGUGCUUGAUAUAUCCUUCAAAGAUAUAUUGAAAGCAAAUUGUGUAUAUGAUUAUUGUCUACUCUUACAAUUUCAAACAUCUGUGGUUAUAAUACCAAUAUAUAUAUAUAAUAUAUAGGAGGAAAGGAAUAUGAGGCUGUUAGUCAUCUAAGUUGGGUUAAAAACCUCUCACAUGCCUUUUUUUAAACCAUAAAAAUCAUGGGAGGCCAAACAUUUAUUCAAAAUAUUAAAA